AUGAGACCGUUUCUGUCAUUACUUGUGUUGACUACUGUAGCUUCGGCUUCGCUCUUAAAGGAUUUCGGCAAAGAUUUGGGAGAUUUGCUCGAUCUGGACAAGUUCGAAGGCCUCUUCAAGGGAAACAAGAUCCAGGACUUCAUCAGCAACUUGAAGAAUGUCACCGAAAACACCAAGGGAGCGUUGAAACUGGCUUCAGGACUUCAUGACAAGAUUGAUGCCUCGGCCAAAGAGGACUUCAACAACUUUUUCCAAUACAUCAUUCAGUAAGUACUACGUUUUCGCAAUAGUUAUCAAACUAAACGUACUUGAUCUUUAGAUUCAACAAGGAAUACAAGGACAAUUCCACCGUCUCCGAGCGCUUCCAAAAGUUCAGAGACUCCCUCAAGAGGGUCGAAGCCCUCCAAAAGGCGAGCAAGUUGGCCAAGUUUGGACCCACCAUGUUCUCUGACCUUAGUCCUCAAGAAUUCAAGGAGAAAUACACGGGUAUCAGAGGCGUCAAGGACAUUAAACAAUUGCAUUCUACGGCCAGUCCAGCCACUCCAAUUCGUGCCAAAAGAGAUGCUCCCGCUUCAUUCGAUUGGAGAGAGAAAAACGGAGUGACUUCGGUCAAGAGGCAGAAGCAAUGUGGAUGUUGUUACGCCUUUUCCGCCAUCGGAGCCAUCGAAAGUCAGCAUAAGAUCAAGACUGGCGAAGAGGUCGAUCUCAGUGAACAACAGGCUGUGUCUUGCACCUAUAAGCAGGAGCAAUACGACAACAACAAUGGAUGCGACGGAGGGUCUGCUGGAGGAGUUCUGCAGUAUGCCAUCGACCAUGGACUGACCACGGAAAGUCAAUGGAAAUACACUUCCGGCGAUGACCAAAAAAUCCCUCCAUGUGUAUCCAAACCGACCUCCAUUAAGAUCUCAAAGCAGGAACUAAUUCCUCAAGGAGAUGAAGGACAAAUGGCCCAAUAUCUUUCCAGCGUUGGUCCUAUUGUGACUUGUAAGUACAGGGUGCGCCAAAAAUAUUGGGACUCAUAUUUUUACUUGCCCUGCGGGCUGUAAUGGUACAAGAGCAAAGUGGUCGCUUGUGCAAACGUGCAAUGCUCCAAAGAAUCUAUCUUCAAAGUUUUAGACAGAGUAGUCGUAUACGACACCUGUUCUGCCAUUUUAAGUGCUCACAACUAAGGCCCCUGAGACACGGACCCCAAAAUGGAUAAAAAUUGGAAACACUAGUUUUACCGUUGCAUGCUAUGGCAGAAAUUCACUUUAUAUGACAGAGUAGCGGUCGCAUUUUAUGCACUAAAAAUGAUUUUUACUUAUAAUGGCGAUUACAUCUUUUACAGCCCGUCAAAGUCGGCCUAAAAACGCGCCGUUUUUCAGAAAACUUCCGUAAGAUCAAAGAUUUUUAUGUAGAAGUUUCGAUGUAAGGUUCCCAGCAUAUUAGGCAUCAGAUAUACUUUUAUAAGGACAACGAGAGUCUGACUAGUCGUCUUUGAAAAAUUAUUUUUUUAUCUUCUGCCUCUGAGGGAUGAAAUAGUGACUACAGCGGUAGAAUUUACUCUAAGGUUGCUCGUCAAGUAAGCUUGGACUGAAGAUCGCUAAAAGUAAUUCAGUUGUGUCAGCAUGUAUCCGGAGUACAGCGUUACGUCGAUUUUUACGCUCAAGUACUUUUCAACUUGUAGUAAACUGCCAAAAUAUAUCAAGCUUUGAAGGACCGUGCCUCCAAUCCGCACCAUAAAGUUUUUUCCAUACAGAAACUGUCCCCUUGUAGGUGUAGAUUUUCUUUUACAGUAUGACAAUUCCCUAUGUACACACUUUAUAACCACAAAAUUUUAGAGCAACACGGGCGAUACUGUGGUAUUGAGAUCGUUAAAAACAUAAAAAUCCGAACUUUCGGGAUUUUUUUUUGUUUUUUCGACCAGCGUCGCCAUAUCGGUCGUCAACCAUGAUUACAUACGCUGUUACGAAGUGAAUGGCAUGUGCUUUAUACACAAUAAAUUUGAAGGAUCUUACUUUCCCUUAGCGGAAAUAAUGGCCAAAUUGAUUUCCCGUUCAUCCAUUUGAAAAGAAAAUUUUGGUCCCCCAAAAACUUUUGAAAAUUUUUUCAAGUUUGCAAUAGGCCCCAACCCUGGCAUUACCGCUGCCGUAUAGCAAGACUGUUACCCUUGCUAAAACGGCCAAAAGUUUUGAUUCCAAGGCCAGCCGGAAAAAGCUACACGGAAUUGAUUUUUGUCCCAAUAUUUUUGGCGCACCCUGUAGUGUUAGAGUUAUUACAAGUCGAACACCUCACUAAAUCCAACAAUUAUCUUUCAGACGUAGACUCUACCCAGAUGAUGGAUUACGUAUCCGGUAUUCUGGACGCGCCUAAGCCCGCUAAAGGGUGGACUGUCGACCACGGUGUUUUGAGUGUUGGAUACGGCGAGGAGAACGGAACUCCCUACUGGAUCAUCAAGAACUCUUGGGGCGACGAUUGGGGAGAACAGGGAUACCUCCGCGUUGUCAGAGGCAAGAACAGUCUUCAGUUGGCUGACUGGAACUACGCCGUCUACGCUUGA